CGAGUCCUGGCUUCUUGUUGGGUCGGCUGGCGAGAUACUCUCACGUCUCGCUCCUUUGUCCAAUCCUCUUCAUUUUAAAGUAAAAAGCCUCCAGGCCUCUGUGGUAUCACAAAAUAAACAGAUGCCGAGGCGCUCUGGUUCCUGGAGGCCUUCGAGCCUCCCUGACUUAAGGAGACGAGAAAGGUAAGGAGGACCGGAACAAUUCCUUCGCGGAACCUUUGAGGUGAGGCCUCGAGGAGCCAUUUGAGGACGGACCGCGGCGGGCUGGAACCAGACUAGCAGGCAUGGCGGCGGCGGAGCCGGAUGCAGACCCGAAGGCCGCCAUCCCCGUGGACCUGCGGCGGGAACGGCGACUGGUGUGCGUGGAAUACCCGGGUGUGGUGCGUAACGAGGCCAAGAUGCUACAGACCCUGGGCGGCGAGGAAAGCGUCUCUCGAAUCUACACUGACCCCACCAAGAGGCUGGAGCUCUACUUCCGGCCCAAGGACCCAUACUGCCACCCUGUGUGCGCUAACCGCUUCAGUACCAGCAGCAUGCUGCUUCGGAUCCGGAAAAGGACCAGGCGUCGGAGAGGUGUCCUGGCAGACGAGGCCCACCCCCAGGUCACGUUUGACUUGGAAAUCAUUGGCAUCAUCUCCACCAUUUACAAAUUCCAGGGAAUGUCUGACUUCCAGUACUUGGCGGUACACACAGAAGCUGGCGGCAAGCACGUGUCCAUGUAUGACAGAGUGCUCAUGCGCAAGCCUGAGAAGGAGGAGUUCUUCCAUCAGGAGCUGCCACUCUACAUCCCCCCGCCCAUCUUCUCCAGGCUGGACACCCCUGUGGACUAUUUCUAUCGCCCUGAGACACAGCACCGAGAAGGCUAUCACAAUCCCACCAUCUCAGGGGAGAACCUAAUCGGACUGAGUAGAGCCCGGCGCCCCCACAAUGCCAUCUUUGUCAACUUUGAAGACACUGGGGUGCCUGAACAGCCUUUGGAGGCUGCAGUCCAGACAUGGAAGAAGGCCUGCACGAAUCCCAUAGAUCAGAAGGUGGAGGAGGAACUGAGGAAGCUCUUUGACAUCCGCCCCGUUUGGUCACGAAAUGCUGUCAAAUCUAACGUCAGCGUCCAUCCCGACAAGCUUAAGAUCUUGCUUCCCUAUAUGGCUUAUUACAUGAUAACAGGCCCAUGGAGAAGCUUGUGGAUUCGAUUUGGCUAUGACCCUCGAAAACACCCAGAUGCCAAGAUUUAUCAAGUCCUUGACUUUCGAAUCCGUUGUGGAAUGAAAUACGGUUAUGGCUCCAGGGACAUGCCUGUCAAAGCGAAGCGCAGCACAUACAACUACAGCCUCCCCAUCACUGUCAAGAAGACAUCCAACCAGCCUGUCAACAUGCACGACCUGAAGCAGGGACUGGGCCCAUCAGGAACUGAUGGCCCACGGAAAUUGACCUACAAUAAGUACAAGCUCAAGGAUUCGGUCUACAUCUUCCGGGAAGGAGCUCUACCACCCUAUCGACAGAUGUUCUACCAGCUGUGUGAUUUGAAUGUGGAAGAGUUGCAGAAAAUUGUUCACCGCAAUGAUGGGACAGAGACUGUGUGCACGGAGAAAGAUGGGUGGUGCCUCCCCAAGACCACAGAUCAUCUGAGGGACACCAUGUCACUCAUGAUUCUACAGACCAUCCGCUCUGAGAGGCCUGCUCUCUUCUCCAACACAGGUAAGGCUGAUCGUGGGAAAGAGCAGCUGAUGUUUGAAUCUGGAGAGGAUGAGGAAGAAGAGGAGGAAGAGGAAGAGGAAGAAGAGGAGGAUUUCAAGCCCUCAGAUGGGAGCGAGAAUGAGAUGGAGACAGAGAUUCUAGAUUACGUGUGAGGAAGCGCUGUUCCCAGGCAACCAGGACAUGCUGGUAUGCCAUGAUGGGACAGCUGGGACGGGCCUGUGCCCCCCUUGGAGUGCCUGACUUCACUAAAUGGGCCAGCUCUUCAGUUCCCUGAAAACUGCCCUGUCUCACAGCUUCCUUUUGUGCAGCCAGAGACUGUCAAGCCCCUGCUAAGCGGGCCUCCGGUAUAACUUCCCCAGGGCAGCAGCACUUCCUGAAGGGUGCUGAGCCAGAGAUGGGUCAUUGUCUCUGUUCUCUCUGUGCCUGGAGCAGCCUGGCACACACAGUCAAGUCACAGCAGUUCCAAAGCCAAAUGCGGAGCCAGCCCAUCCUCCUGACAAGAUUGAAGACCCAUUGUUCGAUUUGGCCCAAGUGAGUCCUGGGAACUUCCCAGCCCUGCAGGGAAUCGGCCAGCCAGACCCGUGUCCCCUACUGACCCUGCUUCCUGCUGCUUCAAAGAAUGCUCAGCCCAGAGGCAGGAAGUAGCUCUUCCCUAAGGCUAGCCAGCCUUGCCUUCUUUCAUAGUGGCUGCCAGGAUGCUUCAGCUGGGAGCUUUCCCACUUCUGGUGGCUGCCCAUCCUGGUCCCUGGGGAGACCUGGGUUCUGAUCCCAUCUUUUCCCCGGGAAUGCUUUGACUCUGGAUCUGAGGAAGGUGCUGAGUGAGGGACUCCAUGCCCUCUGGAGGCCUCACCUACACAAAGCCUAGGGCAAUGACCAUCCUGCCUUAGGUUGAACAGACUAGAAGGACUUCCUGAAGUCUAGCCACUCGUGGAAAAGUAUUGUACUUCUCCUGAAUUCCCAUGUAAAUAAAAGCAUUUUUAGUACCAAAAAUAUAAGACCCUCUUAGAAGCCA